UUUAAGUUGUAAACAUCUCCAAAAUAUGGGACCAAUAAAGAUGAUCUUAUAUCAGAAAUGGAGUUGCCAAGGUAUGUAACUCAGUUAAACACCGCCCUCUCCUGGGCAACAGCCAUUACUACCCGUAAACCUCGUGUAACUGGCAUCCAAUCAGAGCCUGGAUUGUCGAUCACGUGAUCAUUACGUCAAGCAGGAAAGGGACCAAAUGGCAACAACGAAUAUGGCGGACUCGCCAAUCAGCUUCACGCCGGAGAUAUACUGGACAGAGGAGAAAGAAAGGACACUCAUUUCAUUCUUUUCCAAGAACAGUUGCCUGUGGAACCAUAAAUUAGAAAGCUACAAAAAUCGACCGCUGAGAUGGAAAAUGCUGGAACAUUUGAGAAUUCUUCUGUCCGCCCAACCCCCACCAGCUCCUUUCACAGUGGAAGACAUCAAGAGCAAGUUCAAGAACCUUCGUACCACCUUUCAAAGGCAGCACAAAGCGGUGAAGGCGAGUGAGGAGGAGAGCGAAAAUGUUCUCACCUCUCCGGGACUCAUCAUCUCCAUCCUUCCACCGGAAUCCUCCCCCACAACAUCCCCCACCUCCUCGCCAUCCUACAUCCUCUCAAACAUGGUCGCGAAAUCCUUUUGGACAGAAGAGAAGGAACGUGCACUUAUUGAUUUCUACGCAGAACACAGCUGCCUGUGGAACAAGAAGUCCAAAAACCACAACAAUCGUCCGCUCCGACUGAAACUCCUGAAGAUUCUGAGGAGACGGUUGUCCGACCACUCUUCCACCUUCUCAAUUGAAGACAUAAAGUGCAAGUUCAAGAAUCUUCGGACGGUUUUCAACCGCGAAUACAAAGUGGUCCAAGUGAGCAGGACCUCCGAUAAGCGCUACCACUCCAAAUGGAAGCAUUACCAGCGGCUGCUCUUCCUCUGCGAGUGGUGCAAAGACGAAGAGAGCCCGGACAACCCGCGGGAGACGCCGCCCCGGGAAGCGCCGGAGCUCGGGCGCCAAUCGCAGGCGUCCGCCCCGGGCGGCUCCUCGCGCUCCACCCAAACCAACAACGCAUCCGACAGCGAUACCUCCGCCGGCUUCCGCGUUUUCACGGCCGCUCCGGAUUACGCUGAAGCGCGGGACCCAAAAACCGCUUCGCCAUCCGGUUCACCGCCGGAUGGCAAACCUUGUGCAAACCCUCCCCCAAGAAAAUCCAGUCCGGUUCAACUCGAAUGCGGGCGCAACUCUGAGUCCCGCUGCCGCUGGAAUGAGAGCAAAGUUCACCAGCUCAUUUCGUUUUACUCCGAGCACGACUGUUUGUGGAACUACAAGUCGGAGAGGUACAAGAAGAAGGCCGCCAGACAGAGUCUGUUGGAGAUGUUGAGCGUCUUACUCUCCCGCAAUGAAGCGCUCCCCUUCACAGUGAAAGACGUAAAGACAAAGUUUUGGAACCUGCGCACCAUCUUCCAACGUGAGCAUAAGGCGGUGAACGCCAACAAAACCUGCGGCUCGGAAGACUUUUACGUGCCCAAGUGGAAGCACUACAGAGAGCUGAUGUUCCUCUGCGACUCUUGCGACGAAGAGCAGCAGCCCGACGAUGUCCUCUUUCAACAAGCCGCGGACGACGGCCUCCAUCCUCCGGACUACCAAGCCCCUCCCUCCUCCCCCUCCCGACGCUGCCGCCACUCACCUCAAACCGCCAAUCGGGCGGCGAACCAAAUGAGGACACUCGAAUCUCCGCCCUUGCCGGACGCCCGGCAUUCUGUAUCUUCAUCUUCAUCCUCAACGUGCUCAUCUCAACCCGACGGCGGCGUGUCGGGCCACAAACGUGUAAACCGACAGCCGGCGCCGCCGCCGCCGCCCGCCGCCAUCGAGGUGCUGGACUUGAUGAAGAAAGUCUAUCAAAGUCAGAUCGCGUCCCCGCAUGCUGGCUUCCUGAAGUAUGUGGAGGAAUGUCUGAACGAGGCUCCUCCGGACAAAGUCAAGCGAAUGAAGAUGAAGAUUAUUGAGAGCAUCCACAACAUGUCCGAGGACGUUUAG